AUGCUACUCACUGUUUGCGAAUCGCUGAUCGCUGGUAUUUUAAAAGAUUUGCACGCUUUUUCAAAAUUUAAUUAUGAAGACCAGAAAUUUUUGUCAUUGAAACUCGUACCAAGAGAGAAAUACCUGGAUUUCCACAAUCAUCACGACUACAUGUGUAACCUUCCGUAUAUAACAAGAGUGGAUUUAACAACUCACCAUGCGCUAUUCAAUUGCAACAACUGGACAAACAACCAUUAUUGUUGUAGCCGGAAGAGUUCCUUAAAGCAAGACAUAACAACAAUGGAAAAAGGGAAAAAAAGAAAGAUAUGCUGGAAUCUCUAA